AUGUCCAAGGUUCUAGUCAUCGACAAUGGCUCGUACACUAUCAAGAUUGGCCACGCCACUGGCCCACAGAACGUCGCAACUCCGCACAUAAUUCCAAACUGUAUAGCGCACGGGAAAAACAAACGCGCGUAUGUCGGGUCGCAGUUCUCACACUGUGUCGACUAUAGCGGACUCGCGUUUCAGCGACCCCUAGAGAAGGGACAACUAGUCGACUGGCGACUCGAGUUUGCAAUUUGGAAUUACACAUUUUUUGGGGCAGACAGCCCACUAACUGUGGAUCCCACAGACUCUGCACUCAUCCUCACCGAAGCUCCAAUGUCGCUACCUGCUAUUUCUUCAAACACAGAUCAGAUUGUAUUUGAAGAGUAUGGGUUUGAGUCUUACUAUCGGUGCACGCCUGGGUCUUUAGUUCCAUGGAACAACAUGGAGGCCGAUUUAUUUGGAGGUGCUUCAAUAACCAAUCCCUCAGAUUCAACAUCAGGAACAGCUUCAUCAGCAUCAGCAUCUCCACCAGUACACCAUCCACCGUUAGCUGAAUGCGCGCUAGUUGUCGAUAUGGGGUUUAAUGCAACAACUGUUCUCCCCACAGUUCUCGGCGAAGUAUACUGGCCGGCGGUUCAACAGGUGAGUGUGGGGGGUCGGUUACUUACAAAUUAUUUGCGUGAAACCAUAUCUUUUCGACACUACAAUAUGAUGGAAGAGACAUAUCUUGUGAACGCUGUUAAGGAAGCGGUAACAAUGGUUGUCCCGGACUUUGAUAAAGCUUUAGACCGGUGUAAAGCGUAUCGAGAACGUCGGGGGAAUGACGCACAACGCAGUUUGGCAGUCCUUGCGCUGAUUCCAGGCCUUUCAGCUAAAGAGAAAAAAAUUCGUUACGAUGAUAUGGAACCGUAUUCAGUAAAGUACGCGCUACCUGAAACACCUGCUGAAAUCGGGUCCAUUUUAACACCUUCUUCCUCCUCUUCUAUUUCCCCCUCUGCUACAACAAAUCCAACGGUUGUAGAUUUAGAUGCCCGCCGUCAGAUUCUGCGUCUGUCAACUGAACGUUUUUCUGUGCCCGAACUGCUCUUUUCGCCGCACCACAUUGGUCUGAACCAAGCCGGUCUUGCCGAGACUAUAGUCAACGCGGCCUCCAAAGCCCCUCCCGAGCUGCGCUCGCUACUUUUGGCCAACGUUGUUGUAGUCGGUGGAGGUGCAAAUAUUCCUGGAGUUGUAGAGCGGCUCAGGCUUGACCUUGCACCUUAUGCCGCUUCACAUCCAGGUCUUGGGGAUAAUGCCCAAGACCUGCUGCGUGUGGCCAAACCUAAAAAAGACCCAGAAACCUAUGCGUGGCACGGAGGCGUGCGGCUGGCCCAACAGAGUGAAAUGUUGGCAAAAGUGCACGUUACACGUGCGGAUUAUCUCGAAUAUGGCGAACGGUUGUGUGCCUCCAAGUUUAAUUCUCGGAGAGCAGAAGAUGCCGAGGGGGAAGAGGGAAGUGGCGGCGUUGGGAGUGGUGGGAUAUUUGAUCAAGGCGAUGGAUCUGGUCGAAAUGCUCUUGAUGAUGAUGACGAUGAUGAUGAAGAUGAUGAUGAUUUAUAG